GUCCCUUCUCUCAAUCUCUCUCUCUAAAAAUAUCACACUUCACUCUCCAAUGGCUUCUUCCACCAUUCUCAACCUUCUAGCCAUUUUCUCUCUCUUAAAUCUCGCCUUCGCUUCACGAUUCGAAGACACACAAACUCAGCUGCUGAAAUAUCACAAAGGCGCUCUCCUCCACGGCAAAAUCUCCGUCAACCUAAUUUGGUACGGCAAAUUCACCUCUUCACAGCGCGCAAUCGUCGCCGAUUUCAUCACAUCUCUCUCCGAUUCCUCUCCGCCGCAAUCCAACCCCUCCGUCGCCGCGUGGUGGAAAAAAACAGAGAAGUACUACCACCUCGCCUCCAAAAAGCAAUCGCUCUCUCUCUACCUCAACAACCAGAUCCUCGACGAUGAAUACUCAAUCGGAAAGUCUCUCACCGAAAAACACCUCGUAGAUCUGGCAUCUAAAGGCGAGAAAACCAACGCGAUCAACAUUGUGCUAACCGCAUCCGACGUCGCCGUCGACGGUUUCUGCCAGAACCGUUGCGGCAGCCACGGAUCCAAAUCGAGCGCCGUGAAGGGGAAAAAUCAGAAAUUCGCCUACAUUUGGGUGGGGAACUCGGAGGCUCAGUGCGCCGGCUACUGCGCGUGGCCGUUCCACCAGCCGAUCUACGGUCCGCAGAGCCCGCCGUUGAUUGCUCCGAACAACGACGUCGGAAUCGACGGAAUGGUGAUCAAUUUGUCCGCGCUGUUGGCCGGAACCGCGACGAAUCCGUUCGGAAACGGAUUUUAUCAAGGAACGGCGGAUGCGCCUUUGGAAGCAGCGACGGCGUGCCCCGGGGUGUAUGCGAAGGGAGCGUAUCCAGGCUACGCCGGAGAUUUGCUGGUGGAGAAGAGUAGUGGUGCUAGCUAUAAUGCGCAUGGUGCUAACGGCAGGAAAUACGUGCUUCCCGCUAUAUAUGAUCCUUCUACAUCCAAGUGCUCGACUUUGGUUUAAUUUUAGGGGAUUUUUUAAUUUUUGAUAUAGAAAAAUUAUGUACUAAUAGAAAAUUCAUUUAUUCUUUUUAAUAUUUAAUUUUGUUGUAAUACUAAGCAAAUUUAUUGCGGUUUGCUUUGUAUGUAUAAAAUUUAAAAUUGGUCUA